UCUGUCAAACGUGCAAACCGGUAGGCGAGGGAUCUGUUGCAAGGUGAAACAACAGGUGUUCGAUAUGUUACCAUAUGGUUAGGUACUUGUUACUAAAACUGGUAAUAAAUGCACUGCAAGUUAAUUGUUGAAUGGAAUGUGGUAAAAUCGAAUGUCACGGCAAGGAUUUCCGAAAGUAUUUGCUAGAGAUUAUAAAAUCUUGCCAACAUGUGCCCCUCUGAUAUGGAGUCAGCUGCAGGACCAUCAAAUGAAAGUCCAACAGAACGGACAGCAAUACGCUCUUUUAUACAAGAGCAACAUGACCAGCGGACUGAGGCCACGUGGCGCUGGACAUAUGGACUGCCUCGUAGGUACUUUGUUGCACUGAUGGCUUUCCUUGGUUUCUGCAAUGUUUAUGCUCUAAGAGUCAACAUGAGUGUAGCCAUAGUGGCCAUGUCUUCCAACAGAACAUCUGUGGAUCAAAAUGGAACAAUAACAUAUGGCCAAGAGUUCCCCUGGGACAGUGAAAUGCAAGGUCUCGUACUUGGAUCUUUCUUCUAUGGGUAUAUAGUGACCCAGCUACCAGGAGGAUGGCUAGCAACACGCAUCGGUGGUAAAAGACUUUUUGGGCUUGGACUUGCUGCUACUUCAUUCAUCACUCUCUUAACUCCUGCACUUGCACGUGGAAGUGUGUACCUACUUGUUCUUGGGAGAGUUAUUGAAGGUUUGUUUGAGGGUGUGACUUAUCCAUCAAUACAUGCAGUAUGGGCACGUUGGGCUCCCCCACUGGAACGUAGUCGCCUGGCAACUAUAGCCUUCUCUGGAAGCUAUUUUGGGACUGUCAUUGCAAUGCCAGCAGCUGGAGUCCUUGCCGAUCAUGUGGGAUGGCCAUCGAUCUUCUACGUUUUUGGUUUGGUGGGUCUAUGUUGGUGCAUUGCAUGGGGUGCCUUUGUAACUGAGACACCACAGCAGGACAGAAGGAUUACUGAUGAAGAACUUGAUUACAUUCGGUCUUCUGUUGGCCCUCAGGCCAACCACAUAAAGGUGGACAUGGUGGUACCAUGGAAGCGUUUCCUGACAUCAUUACCAGUAUGGGCAAUAAUGAUUGCCCAUUUCAGUGAAAACUGGGGUUUCUACACACUACUUACAGAACUUCCAACCUUCAUGAAAGAGCAGCUGGGUUUUGAUCUACAGUCUGCUGGUCUCCUGGGAUCACUACCAUACUUGGUCAUGGGCACUGUCGUGCAAGGUGGGGGCUGCCUCGCCGAUUGGCUGCGAGCAGGUGGUCAGCUGACAACCACACAAGUACGCAAGCUGCUCAACUGCGGUGCGUUCUCGUGCCAAACGCUUUUCCUGGUGGCUGCUGCACAUGCCACAACUCCUGCUACUGUUGUUGCCUGCCUCACUGGUGCUGUAGGAUUUGGAGGAUUUGCUUGGGCUGGAUUUAGUGUGAAUCACCUUGACUUGGCACCACAGUUUGCAAGCAUUUUGAUGGGAAUGAGCAAUACUGUUGCCACUUUGCCUGGGAUGAUCAGCCCACUCCUCACGGGAACCCUGGUUCAGCACAAGACACAACAAGAAUGGCAGUCAGUAUUCCACAUAGCAGCUGCUGUGUAUCUCCUUGGUGCUCUUUUUUAUGGCUUGUUUGCCUCUGGAGAACGGCAACGGUGGGCAGAAGAGCAGGAAACAAUUGCACUGUGUCCUGAUGGAGAUGAGCGUUCCCAUGCAUCGACAGAGGACUUGCCAUUUGGCACAGGGUCCUGCCAAUAAUGGAUAACAUUUGUGGGAUGGAUACAAGCUCCUGCAGUUGCACACACAGUAAUCUCACAUGGAUUAACCACACUUUCAGUUUUUCAUAUCUGAAGCAAAUGAAACAUGGUGUUGUUUCAUAGUUAGUAUUGCGUUAUAUUUUAUUCAUGGCGUCAGCAAGCAGCCCACUGUCUGGUAUCAUGAAGAAAUACAGCUAUUAAAAGCCUAAAUACUGAUCAGUUCAAAAUAAAUAAGCUGCUUGCACAUAA